AUGCGGGUACGAAACUUCAACAUAUACCUGCGGGAGCAGAGGCUGCUGCGGCAGGGCGACCUCAGCGUGCUGCGUGGGAUGCGUGUUGGGAUUGACGCAGUCUACUUCUUUCGCUCACUCAAGGGGAUAUGCGACCCGCUCAGCGAAGUAGGCGGCAGCCUUCCUCCUACAUUCAUCAGCGUUGUUGAGGAGAAUGUCGAGCAGCUGGAACGCCUCGGCAUACAGCCGCUCUUUGUAUUUGAAGGAAUGCAGUCCAAAUCGCACGUCCUGCUGUCUGCCCAGCUCAUGACCCUCAGCGUGGCUGAGGGUUGGCUAUCAUACGCACGCGGCGAUAUGCAGAACGCGAUAGGGAAGUUUUUGCAGAACAGCCUGAUCUUUAGUGAAGACCUGAUCCAGUUGUUGAUUCACCUUCUGCGGUCGAAGGGCAAGGACACAAUCCGCUGCCCCUACUUCGCCGCCGCUCAGCUCAGCUACUUCUGCUCGGAGAAUGUGGUCGAUGCCAUACUGGGGCCGCCUUCGCUGAUGCUCUUUGGCAUUCCCAGGUGCAUCAUUUCCGUGGACUUCCAGAAGGAUUCAUUCGAGUGGGUGGAGCUCAGGGACGUCCUGGCGCGUUUGGAUAUCACUGCGCCACAGUUAGUGGACGUAUGCUUGCUCGCAGGAACUGAGCAUUGUCUGAGCUUCCCAUCCCAGAACGCCUUUUCAUUCGCGCACUGCGUCGACAUGAUCAAGCAGGGACCAAUAGCGAAGCAUCUAUGCCAGCUCCCUCAACGCGACGGGAUUAACGAGUAUGUAGAUGGUUACUGUGUUACUAAGGCGCUCAUCACUUACCCUCUUAUUUUGGAUAAGAAGGGAUCCGUGCGCCCGCUGCAAAAGGGAGCUAAGGUCCCCAUGGACUACCACAAGAUAGUAGGAACCAGGAUCCCUCAGGCCAUAUACCACUUGCUGGGCCAGGGGUUGAUCGGUCCCAAAAUACCGUUUGCGCUAGCAACCGGCGAGUGGGUAGAUGAUUUUAGCCUCAACGAUUCAAUAGAGCUGAGGGAGCUCAUACAGGACAGUAGGGAGUAUAAGUGCAGGGCACUUGGGCUCGCAGUGUUCAAGCUUGACGCCGCAUACCAGGCACGACAGAUUCGGUUCCAGGGCCAUGUUGCGUUCAUUAAGGGUCAUCCGCCCAUCAAGCAGAAUUCUAUUGCUGUCAUACCGAACACCUGCAGCACUCGCAUGCUAUCGCAGCACGCCAUGGGCGACUUCUGCACCGAGAUAGCUCGGCAGAACAGGGGCAGGGUUGAUGUGGAAUUCAUGCUCACGUGGCACCUCAGACUCUCCUCGAAGCUGCUGAAGGAGGUAACUCCGAGCAUGGCGUCAGAUGCUAUUGCCAACAUGGCCAUCGUGCCCGGUGGAGCGCAGAGGCCUUCGGAUUUGGAUAUCUUUAACGCCAACAUGUGGUGUAUUAUGCUAGAUAAUUUGGGUUACUUCUCGCGCAUGGGUAGCGCUACAGCUUUUGGAAAAGUGCUGGCCAACUCAGGUCUGGGAAUGACUGGGCUAUUAUUUAUGGAGACCAUGAAGUUUGGACUCUUCACUGGUGAGGAAUUCGAGGUGCCUGCAGACGUGGUUGUCCCGCAUGAAGUAUUGAGCAAAUACAGAGGUAACCUGCCGCAGGACGUAUUCGAGGUAGUGAACUUGGUUUCUCGUGUGGCCUGCCUCCAUCCGGCCGUCGUGGACAGCACUCACUGGCGGGGAGAGAUCGACUACAUGAUAUCGAGCUACAUCUGCAACCUCAAGGUGCUGCGUCGCAGCAUCAAUUACCUAAUCGAGGGCACAAUUAUUUUGAUGGGCGGUAUAGUAAAUGGCGGUGAGGCACCGUAUUUGUACGAGACGAAUUGUUUCAUGGCGAACUUUGUAAAAUGGCUGCUUAUAUACGACCAUGAGCAUCGCGACGGCCACGGGGGCCAGAAUAUGGCUGCGGUCGCUAAGAGCAAAUUCCCCAACUUCGUUGACAUCCAGAAGAACCUCCAGGCUUUCGCUGAAUUCUGGACCAAGAUAUCGGCGAUCGUACACGAAUUGCAGAAGUACGUACACAUUGAGGCGCUGGGCACGUUCGACCGUGGUACUAAGAUGCUGCAGGCCGCGUUCGUGCACUUUGGCGUCUCUUUACCACUCCACACACCUUAA